CCUCAUUUAGCUAGAGCGACAGCAGCAGCAGCCUCGGUCCGGUGACACUUGUCUUCGCUUCUGACACAGCUAACGUUAGCUCGGGUCAGGCCCGGUUGGGUUGGGUUGGGUUGGUACGUUACCUUCCUCAAUUGUAGAGCAAUUAUUAUGGCGGCCGCGGAUCCCCGGUCCUCGAGUGGCGGCGGGCCGGCCAGCAGAGGAGGAUUCCCGGCCGGGGAGAGCAGCAACGACCGCGACGGGCCGGGCGGCAGCGGUGGCGGCGGCGAAGGCGAACCGGAGCGAGACCGGGCCACCUUCGAGUGCAACAUUUGUUUGGACACUGCCCGGGACGCUGUCAUCAGUAUGUGCGGCCACUUGUUCUGCUGGCCCUGUCUUCAUCAAUGGUUGGAGACGCGGCCAAGCAGGCAGCAGUGUCCUGUUUGUAAAGCGGGCAUCAGCAGAGAGAAAGUCAUCCCGCUGUACGGCAGAGGGAGCUCCAGCCAAGAGGACCCCAGGUUGAAAACUCCACCUCGGCCUCAGGGACAGAGAACGGAGCCAGAGAGUCGAGGCGGGAUGUUUCAGGGUUUCGGAGACACUGGCUUUCACAUGUCUUUCGGCAUCGGUGCUUUCCCCUUCGGCUUCUUCACAACAGUCUUCAACGCCAACGACCCCUUUCACAGAGCAGACCCGUAUGCCGGUGAUCAACAAGGCAACCCUAGCCACAACAACGGCAAUAACAACUGGCAAGACUCCCUCUUCCUGUUCGUGGCCAUCUUCUUCUUCUUCUGGCUGCUGAGCGUGUGAGGGGGACCGGACGGGGUGGAUCAAUGAGUGGGAUGGAGGAGCGCAAAAGAAAAACCUCACACACUAAACUCAAGCCACAGACACACUUAUUUUACAUUUCCUAGCAGGUACUAAUUUAGGAAAGUAAAUCAUGAAUCAUGUUGGUCCUCCCUCUAUACUUGCACCUGUACAUAAAUGCACACAGAACAAUACUUGUUGGGGUUCAGAGACAGUAUUAAGUGAUCAGGGUGAGCUACGUAAAGGCUUUUCUUUUUUUGGUGCAGAACAGAGGUUCGGGGUAGUGAGUAAUUCUGUUUCUGUUUUUCACAUUCCUCUUGAAGGUUUAGAGAGAGGGAGGCACGUUGUGGAAAGUUUAAGUGUGGUUAAAUGAGGGAAGAGAGGGAGGGGGUAUGAGAUAACGUAGUGUUUGUAACUUUUUCUUACUCUAAAUGGCCAAAGAGUAGCGGACGAGUCAUGUACGAUGUCGGGGGGGGGGUGAAAAAUGAAAUUGAAUUAUGUUCCUGUUUACAGUUUCCUCGUGAAUUGAACAAGAACUCGUAGAAUUUGCGACUUACGCUUAAACAGAUAGAGAUAGCACAGAUGGAUGCAUUUUUUUUUUUAUAUACAUUUGUCUUAACAAAACCUGCCAUUGCACUGUGAAGUCAUUUGUAGACCGAGCUGUCCUAAAGAUUGGAGCGUAUGCUGGUGUUUAACCACUUGUUGUGUCUUUCCUCACAAAGCUGUACAGACAUGGAUGGGUGUACCGUUAAAGGGCCAGUUUGGGAGACUUUCGCAUCAAUUGAGCAACUUGAGAGAGUAAAAAGCAAUCUGACACACAGUUUGUUAAUGACAGCGGAAACUUUAAAGAGAUAAGUUUUGACGACUGAAGAAGCUCGAUGAGAUUCUACACAAAUGCUUCAUGACGGCAAAUGCAGUGUAACAACUGAGGGGAAUCCUUUCAAGUAGUCGUGGAGGUGAGAAUUUACAGGAAUAACUUUCUGUCAGUUGACUUUUCUUCCUGACUGUAUGUGUCAGUGUGUCUGAGUGAGUGUGUAAACAUUAUAUAUUUGUAUAUAUGAAUAUUGUAAAUGCUGUUUUUACGUGUUUUCUGAGUGGAUGACCAGCCACAGAGGGCGAUAAGAGAACAAUUUGAGCGAGUAGGCCUCAAGAUGCUUUUGUAAAGCAAGUUCCUGGUUUUUCAUGAAUUCCUUCUUUUACUCAAGAAAAUGCUUGCAGCCCAAAUUAAUAACUUUUCUGCCAACCUCUACCAUUAAGUUAAAUAAAUGUUAUGAGUGCAAAAAAGUUUUUCCUUCCCUGCUAAUGUGAUUUGAUAUGAGGGUAUUUACUCUCUGACUUAACUGACACGGGGCACAUUAAUGAUCAGCAGUUGAGCAAUGUAAAAAUAAAGUAACACACAUUCAUCUUAAUAUUUAACAAGCAAAAAGUGCUUCUAACUAUACACAUUCAGAUUAUUUUCAGUUUAAAAUUUAUAGUCUUCAGCCCCAACCGAUGAGGCAAUUGAUCAGAUUUCUCUGGAGCCACAAAAGGCUUCAUAAGACUUUUCUUUUUUACACAUACAUUAGUAUUUCCCAACACAUGUAAACACACUGAUGUGUGUAAUCACUGCAAUUCAGCUGAACUAGAUGUAAUGAAUCAGGCAAGAUUCACACCAAGGUGAGAGAUGAACUCAAGGUCCUCUGUGGGAUGGACAGGAUUGGUACUGGGACUCGUCAUUUCUUGCAUACUUGUCUGUUCAAGCUACACUCCGUAUUAUAAGGCUUAUGUGACACUAAAACAAGUGAUGGAAGUCACCAUUUGACAAAAUAAAACUGGAGACAUUGUGCAAAACCAAAUGAGGUAAGAGAUUAAAACUUCAUUAAAAACA